AAACGAGAGAUUGGCAAAAAUACGUGUCACUUUUUAUAGUACUUGGAAAAGCAGGAUCAAGAUAGAGGCAGAACUAUGGACUUUCUUAAGCUGAGGGAAAACUGACUUAACUCACCUGUUUCCCAUUUUUCCAACACUUAAGCCAAGAACAACUCCCUCUGGGCUCAGAUGUGGGCUAGACUGGGCCAGGCUGUAAAACACUGACAGGUUUUUGAGAGGAAAUUGAUUGCUAUAGUCAACUGUGUUAUUUGCCAUGGGUCUUCCUUUGUCCAUUUAUUUUACCAACUUUUUUUCCUUUUUUUUUUGAGACAGAGUCUCACUCUGUCACCCAGGCUGGAGUGCAGUGGCACAAUCUCGGCUCACUGCAACCUCUGCCUCCCGGGUUCAAGCGAUUCUUCUACUUCAGCCUCCUGAGUAGCUGGGACUACAGGCAUGCACCACCACGCCUGGUUAAUUUUUUGUAUUUUUAAUAGAGAUGGGGUUUCACAGUGUUGGCCAGGCUCAAACUCCUGACCUUGUGAUCCGCCCACCUCGGCCUCCCAAAGUGCUGGGAUUACAGGCAGGAGCCACUGCACCUGGCCUUUUUUUUUUUUUUUUGAGACAGGGUCUCACUCUGUUGCCCAGGCUGGAGUACAGUGGCACAAUCAAGGCUCACUGAAGCCUCAAUCUCCCUAGCUCUGGCGAUUGUCCCACCUCAGCCCCCCAAGUAGCUGGGACUACAAGUGUGCACCACCAUGCUUGGCUAAUUCGGCUAAUUUAGUUUUUUUUUGUUUUUGUAGAGACGGGGUCUGGCCAUGUUGCCCAGGCUGGUUUGAAACUCCUGAGCUCAAGGGAUCUACCUGCCUCAGCCUCCCAAAGGGCUAGGAUUAUAAGCAUGAGCCACCACACCUGGCUAUUUUACCAACAUUGACCAAGCUCUGGUUGAGCCUUGUAAAGGAUAUUAUAGGCUUUAAAAGAAGAAGAAAAAAGACCUGGUAUGCUGUACAAAAAGCUGCAAACUAGGCAGGCAGAUGUGUUACGAGAAUCCAGAAGCAGCAGCAAGGAGUGGGGGCUAGGAGUUUGUAAGCAGGGAACUGUAUCUGUAAUAUGUAAAUGAAGUUACUGGGCAUCUCUUCAGUGGUCAGUGUGAGUGGAAUGUGUGGGAAAAUGUGGUGAGAGGUGAGAUAAAGAGAAGUAGACAGGGACGAAGUUACAGAGAGGACCGUGUUGGGAAGUUUGGACUCUAUUCUGUAGGUAGAUGAAGUAUUUAAAAGAAGAGGCCAUGAUAUAAUAAUAUUUGGUUUAAUGUGGUACGGUUGUAGUGUGUGGCGGAAAUUUGAGAGGAAGAAUUGGCAACUUGCAGGGCAGCAGGGAAGCCAUUUGUAUUUAGCUAGAAGAACAUGGAUUGAAGCAAUGGAUGAUGGAUUUCAGAGCAAUUUGUGAAGUAGAACCAGAAUUUUGUCCGUCGAACUUGGGGUGACGAAGCACUGUGCCUCAGAUAAAGGUACUAUCUUCCAGGGAAUUCAAACGGACCUCAGCUGCUAGUUGGGCAGUUGAGACCAAGAGAGGCAUCCUGGUAAUAGUGCUGUGCUUCAAGACAAAAGACAUUAAAAGAUUUUUACAUUGCAAUUGUUUUCCUCUUCAGGAGCGCCUGGUUACCUUUCAGGAAUAAUUUAUUUUCCAACAUCCUUGAGAAACACUAUACCUCUUUUCUGUUUUUGCUGUGGAAAACUGGAAAACUAGUACUUCCGCCACACUCAAGAUGGCUACACCAGCAAUAGACUUUUCCAUCCACCUGGGUGGCCCCGCCCCCUUAUGAAGCUGCUUCCGCCACUCUCUGCGGGUUGGGACGCAUUUUACACUUCUUCGCAGCAUUCAAGAUGGCCCGGCUUCCUCCUACUUUUUAAUUGGCUGGAUCGUUUCGUCUUCAAGAGAAGGCGGGACUUAUAUUUGAUUGACAGCUACAUUGAUCAAUGGACAAAGGGCAAAGGCCAAUGAGGCGCUGGAACUGGAGAGUCUCUCGCGUGUCUGGGAGGGUGUUUUGCGCGGGGCGGGGUGGAGCAGAGCCGGAAGCGGGAGGGGAGAGUCAAACAGGAAAAGAAGGGAAGAAGGAAGAAGAGGGUAGAGGAGGAGAGGGAGGAGGAGGGAGGUGGUGGCGGCGCCGUGGCGGAGGAGCAGGAGCAGGAGGGGGAUGGAGAGGAGAAGGCUCCUGGGUGGCAUGGCGCUCCUGCUCCUCCAGGCGCUGCCCAGCCCCCUGUCAGCCAGGGCUGAACCCCCGCAGGAUAAGGAAGCCUGUGUGGGUACCAACAAUCAAAGCUACAUCUGUGACACAGGACACUGCUGUGGACAGUCUCAGUGCUGCAACUACUACUAUGAACUCUGGUGGUUCUGGCUGGUGUGGACCAUCAUCAUCAUCCUGAGCUGCUGCUGUGUUUGCCACCACCGCCGAGCCAAGCACCGCCUUCAGGCCCAGCAGCGGCAACAUGAAAUCAACCUGAUCGCCUACCGAGAAGCCCACAAUUACUCAGCGCUGCCAUUUUAUUUCAGGUUUUUGCCAAACUAUUUACUACCUCCUUAUGAGGAAGUGGUGAACCGACCUCCAACUCCUCCCCCACCAUACAGUGCCUUCCAGCUACAGCAGCAGCAGCUGCUGCCUCCACAGUGUGGCCCUGCAGGUGGCAGUCCCCCGGGCAUCGAUCCCACCAGGGCAUCCCAGGGGGCACAGAGCAGCCCCUUGUCUGGGCCCAGCAGAAGCAGCACAAGACCCCCAAGCAUCGCUGACCCUGAGCCCUCUGACCUACCAGUUGACCGAGCAGCCACCAAAGCCCCGGGUAUGGAGACCAGUGGCUCUGUGGCUGGCCUGGGGGAGCUGGACCCAGGGGCCUUCCUGGACAAGGAUGCAGAAUGUAGGGAGGAGCUGCUGAAAGAUGACAGCUCUGAACACGGCGCACCCGACAGCAAAGAGAAGACACCUGGGAGACAUCGCCGCUUCACAGGUGACUCGGGCAUUGAAGUGUGUGUGUGCAACCGGGGCCACCAUGACGAUGACCUCAAAGAGUUCAACACACUCAUCGAUGAUGCUCUGGAUGGGCCCCUGGACUUCUGUGACAGCUGCCAUGUGCGGCCCCCUGGUGACGAGGAGGAAGGCCUCUGCCAGCCCUCCGAGGAGCAGGCUCGAGAGCCUGGGCACCCACACCUGCCACGGCCACCCGCAUGCCUGCUGCUGAACACUAUCAAUGAGCAGGACUCUCCCAACUCCCAGAGCAGCAGCUCCCCCAGCUAGAGCAGGCCCUGCCAGCACCCAGGAACUUGGCAAAGCAACCAGGGUAGGGGAGAACCACGAGAGAAGCAUUAAGUGACUUUCAAAGACUUUCAGAGUACAGCCACUUGGUUCCUUUUUGUUUGUUUUCCUUCUCUCCUGCAUUUUCCACCAUCUCCAGGUACAGUUCGGGGUGUGGAUGCCUCUUCCUCCACAAGGGCACAGUGUUGUGGAGGGCUAAGUUGGUUCUGUGACUCAUUCCUCAUACCCUAACUCCAUCUCCUUUCUUUAAAGGCAAAUCUCACCUACCUGUUUGGGUCAGAGAGAUGUGUUUUAAAAGCCCCCAAGGAAGGAGGCCGGGACUGUGCCCUGACAUGAUUCUUGGUGAUGGAUUAGGUCUGUGCUCUGAUUCUAGUUUAAGAGAACGUUGCUGUGUCUCAGUCCAGGAGAGGCAGCCCAUCUUGGCCCUGGAUGAAGAAGGAAGCCCACAGAGGCCCAGGGCUUGUCACUGUGGCUGCCAGUGUCUGCCAAGCCAGCAUUGAGCUAAUCCUGUGGGAGGAUGAGAGCUGCUGGGCCGUUGUAUGAUAGGUUGGUAGGGGCUUGUUGAUCUGUCAAAUUCCAGGUGACAAGAUCGAUGCACCCCAUGCGUCCUUGAGGGGCCUCUUCCCCUUGGGCUCUGGCUGGCCACAGGCUGGUUCUGGUGUGAAAGAUUAUACUGCCUUUUCUUUGUUUGUUUGUUUGUUUGUUUCCUCUAAAAACAAACAAACGACAGCUGAAAACAAGAACUUCACCGGUGGGCAGGCAAGAAUUCUCUUCUGGAAAAUGACAUUUGUGGCUCUUUCCCAAGUUGGCCUUCAAAGAACCUGGCUGCUGUUGAGCCAGAAGAUGUCUUGUGUGAAGGCUGGGGUGGAGGCUGUCUUGGAACCUCUGUGAGCAGGAGGCCCUAAGCCGCAGCAGUGGAUAGAGGUGCAGCUCUCUGCCUCUCUGCCCUUUAGUCUGUGUUCACAGGUGACCCGUGUCAGCCUGCAUCGCAAGCACACGCCCUGCGGGCCUUCACGUCUCACUGUUCCGUAUGAGGAAACAGACGGCGGACUGAGGAAGUGAUGGCCCCAGAGAAAGGGCCCCUGUAGCCUGGCUCUCACACAGUAUUUUGUCUUUGAUUCUGAAUAAAUAUUUUUUGUGGGUUUUUUUUUUUUUUUUUUUUUUUUUUUUUGGUGGCAGUUGUUUGUUUUAAACUGACCACUUGGAAGAAAUACCUUGGUUAUCUGUGGUUUUCAUGCCUUGUCCCUGCCUCUGCCCCCACCCCUUUUGAGUCGGGUGACUCAUUUUUCUGUGUAGAGACUUGGUGGCCCAGGCAGGAGGUGAAAGCAGCCGUCCGGAAGGCCCUGGGGACCCUUGUGCCUGUUGCUUGGCUUCAGGUCACCAGCUGAGCUGCGAUAGGAAAAUCUGAAUGGAGGCAGCAAACAGCCAAAACAAACAUUCCCCACCCGGCCCUGUGCAUAUGAAGAGUCUGUUUCUUCCCCCAACUCUUGAACGAUGAUGAUAUUCAGAUGAAUCAUUGAUGUUAUGGAAGAAAGAAAGAAAGAAAAAAAAAUUAUAUAUAUAUAUAUAUAUAUGUCCAAAAACAGACAAAUCCAAGGCUGUGAGGUAAACGAGUGUCUGCAUUUGGAUUCCACAAAACCAAAAUCCAUGUUGAACAAAGUGAAGUCCGUACACAGUGACUUUUUAGGUGAGCCGUGUGUGUCUGUCCGUUGUGUGUGAGCCUCAAGCCCUGUUUUCCUGUGAAGAUACUUUGAGUGGCAGCCAUUCUCCCCACGUGAACCACACGUCUGGAGCACAGACAGGCCUCUCAAGGUCAUUGAUCUUACGCAUUUACUGUUUACUGAACAAAUGUCUGACUGUGUACUCGGGUGUACUCCGCAGCAUUGUCGACUGCAGUCCCCUGUGUUUGCCAGAGAUACUGUGCUCGAAGUAGAGGUUUUACUCUACUCAUCACUGCGAUUUGCACAUUGCUCCGUGGACACUCGGAGGCCUGCGUUCUAUUCCCUAUAAAUGGAAGUGUGCUCUGAGCCUGUCUGCCUCCCUCGGCUGCUGCUGGUCCUCGGUACCAGCCCCCGGGGGUGUCCACAACCACUUGGGACAGAAGAAGGUGGAAUUUCAGACAGAAGCUUGAUUGAGUCUUCAAUGACAGGCUUGGACUAGCUGUGGCCCAGACAUCGGCCCUGCCCAGAAUUGCCAGGAGGAGGCUUUGCAGGCUCUAGAGGAGCCGCAGGGCCUGCCUCCCUCUGGUGAGUCCAACAGGCGCAAGCAAGCUGAUGUGUGGCCAGAGGUGGCCGGAGUGUGUCACAGCCCUCAGAUGCCUUUCCUUCCACCUUUUUUUUUUUUUUAAGAAUCCCAAAUAACUCACUGAAGUGUCUCAAAGGUGAACAAGUUUUACCAAACUGAAUCCUUUUUCAGUUAACAGAUCAAAUGGAUGAGUUCUGACCCUCUCAAGUUCCUUUCUGCAGUUAGAGUGGGGACCUCGGCAAGUGUUAACUGUGAGACUCACUGCAGCGUCCUACCCUAAAGGCACGAGAAGACGGAAAUGCAACCUGCGGAGCUGGGCUUGGUUCCCAAGUCACAGUUUGGCCCCUGCUACGGGAGGCUGCCCUGCUCAGAGAGAGAUUUAAUAGGGAGCUGAAGGAAUUGUUAGGGGGCCAGGGAGAUGUGACUGAGACUGGUUUUCCAUGUGAAUGAGACGGGGUUGGUGGAGGGUUUGGUGCUACAGCCAGUCGGAAGAUUUGCAAAUGCGAACACAUUCCUGUGUGAGGCAUGUUACCCUUUGUCAGUUAUUGUGAAUAUGUGUAUUUUAAGCAAUAAGAUUCAGCUGGUCAGACUUUUCUGGGCAGUCUCAGUGACGCAUUUCCUGUGCUGUGAUUGUUCUGAAGACAGAGUGGCUCUAACCACUGUGAGAAGCCCAAAUAAAAAUUGAUCCCAAAAA